AUGGACCUGCCCCCGCAGCUCUCCUUCGCCCUCUACGUGGCGGCCUUCGUGCUGGGCUUCCCGCUCAACGUGCUGGCCAUCCGCGGGGCCGUGGCGCACGCCCGGCUCCGCCUCACGCCCAGCCUCGUCUAUGCCCUCCACCUGGGCUGCUCCGACCUGCUGCUGACCCUCUCUCUGCCCCUGAAGGCGGUGGAGGCGCUGGCAGGGGGCACCUGGCCGCUGCCGGUGGCGCUCUGCCCGGCCUUUGCCCUGAUCCACUUUGCCCCGCUCUACGCGGGCGGGGGCUUCCUGGCCUCUCUGAGCGCCGGCCGCUACCUGGGCGCCGCCUUCCCCUUGGGCUACCAAGCCAUCCGGAGACCCUGCUAUUCCUGGGGCGUGUGUGUGGCUGUAUGGGGCCUGGUUCUCUGCCACCUGGGGCUGGUCUUUGGGCUGGAGGCUCCCGGAGGCUGGAUGGACAAUACCAACACCUCUCUGGGCAUCAACAGGCCGGUCAAUGGCUCUCCCGUGUGCUUGGAGGCCUGGGACCCCGCCUCCGCGGGGCCCGCUCGCCUCAGCCUCUCUCUGCUGCUCUUCUUCCUGCCCCUGUGCAUCACGGCUUUCUGCUACGUGGGCUGCCUGCGGGCGCUGGCCGGCUCGGGCCUGAGCCACAGACGCAAGCUGAGGGCGGCCUGGGUGGCCGGAGGGGCCCUGCUCACGCUCUUGCUCUGCUUGGGGCCCUACAACGCCUCCAACGUGGCUGGCUUCCUGCGCCCCGACAUGGGGGCCCGCUGGCGCAAGCUGGGGCUCAUCACCGGGGCUUGGAGUGUGGUCCUCAACCCGCUGGUGACCGGCUACCUGGGAGGCGGGCCCGGCCGGGGGACAGCGUGUGUGGCCAAAACCAAAGGGGGCACAUCCCAGAAGUAG